AGUUCAAAGUUUUCAGCUUCUCUCAGAAACAUUAGUUUUUUAUGUUCAUCAAUUUGAUCACAUAAACCCUAAUUUAGAUUUUAGAACACUCUUGCAAUAUCUCCAAGCUCCUUAAUCAUCAACAAUGGAUAAUAAUUACGAGAACUAUCAUCACCACCAUCAACAACAAUGGCGUCCAGCACCAACACAGCCAAACAUAUGCCCGAUUUGUACAGUGCCUCACUUCCCCUUUUGUCCCCCGUAUCCUCCUCCAUCUUCUUUCCCACACAACCCCAACUUUCCUCCUCCUCCUCCUCACCUCAAUUCACCUCGUCCUGGUUUCGAUUCGUUCACCGGACCACCGGUUCGACCACCGCAAAAUCACUUUCCGCCGUGGCAACCUCACCACGGAAACCAAUGGCGACCAGUUGCCGUUGAUGGUGAUAUGGAAGCUGAUCGGAGAUAUAAGAGAGCUCGGAUUGAUGCGAUCGCCGGUGGUUCUCCCGGUUACGGUGUUUCUGGUGCCGAUGGUUAUCAGAGUCCUCGGAUCUCAUGGGAGAAUGAGCGGAGGUUGAAGAUGGUUCGUGAUCAUGGUUACGGUUUAACUGCGCAGUCUCCGGGAAAUCUAGAUGUUUCCAAUGUUGAGAUGAAUCAUCAGUAUGGGAGGAGUGAAUUUAGGAAUGGAGGUCAGUUUAAUGGUGUAGCUCCUCCUCCUGCUCUGCCUCAUCAUCCGCCGCCGUACGGAGGCUAUUUUAGCGGUCCUAACGGUCAGCCUCCUCUUCCGGUUUCUCCACCACCGCCUUUGCCUCCAUCUCAUCCGCCGUCUCAUCCUUCUUCACUGUUUCCCGUCACUACUAAUUCGUCACCAACGAUCCCUCCAUCAUCAUCAUAUCCUCAAAUGCCUAAUGCUUCUCCAUCUUCUGCACAAUUAGCACCAACUCGGUCUAAAGUAGUUGAUGUUUCCCAUUUGCUGAAGCCUCCUCAUCGAUCUACUCGUCCAGAUCACUUUGUAAUUAUCCUUCGAGGGCUACCAGGUAGUGGGAAGAGUUAUUUAGCCAAGUUGUUGCGUGACAUUGAGGUUGAAAAUGGUGGUAGUGCUCCACGAAUCCAUUCUAUGGAUGAUUACUUCAUGACUGAAGUUGAGAAGGUUGAGGAGAGUGAUUCAACUUCUUCAAGCUCUGGUAGAAGCAAAAGACCUAAUGUGAAGAUGGUCAUGGAAUACUGCUUCGAACCUGAGAUGGAAGAGGCGUAUCGUUCAAGCAUGCUAAAAGCUUUUAAGAGGACACUUGAAGAUGGGGCCUUCAGCUUUGUAAUCGUGGAUGACCGCAAUCUGCGGGUAGCUGAUUUUACUCAGUUUUGGGCAACAGCAAAGAGAUCUGGAUAUGAAGCUUACAUAUUGGAAUCAACAUACAAGGACCCGACUGGCUGUGCUGCAAGAAACAUACAUGGCAUCACACUAGAUCAAGUACAGCAGAUGGCAGAACAAUUUGAAGAAGCUCCUUCAUUGUACAUGCAGCUGGAUAUCAAGUCUUUUACGCGGUGGGAUGACCUGAAGGAGAAUGGAAUCCAGGAGGUGGAUAUGGACAUGGAAGAUGAUUUCGAACUGCCAGAAAGAAAAUCGGAUAUCAGUACCCAGUCAGAAGAAAAGGGUGCGACAGAGGGCUCUUACAAAAGUGAGAGUAAAUGGGAAGCAGAAUCUGGCUCCCGUACAGAAGAAGUGAAAGAACUGAGCAGAAGUAAAUGGUCAAAUGUAGAAGAAGAUGAAACAGAGAACUCUCAGAGCGUGAGACGAAACUCCAAAUCUCUUCCCAAGUCAAGCCAGCAGAAAGGCAAAUCUGUUUGGUGGGGCGAUAAGGGUGGAGAUGCGGGGUUUUCAAUUGGUGCUGCAAGGUAUACGAACAUGCCAUCUUUAGUUAUAGGUCCAGGAUCAGGAUACAACUUGAAAUCGAAUCCUCUAUCGGAAGAAGAGAGUCGUGCACUCGCUGAUGCAAUUGGAAAAGCAAAGGUAAGAGGAAUUUUCCAGGAUCAGCUUAGAGCAGAGCAAGAGAAAGUGAAGAACCAUGGUGAUAACAAAGAAGAGGAACACAACAAGGCUGAGAAAACUGAGAAGAAGGAGAAGAAGAAAGAUAAAGAUAAGAAGGAUAAGAACGAGGACGAUAAAAAUGGUGGAGGAGAAGAAGGAGAAGAUCAAGAGAAGAAGAGCAAGAAGAAAGAUAAGAAGGCGAAGAAAGAGAAGAACCCUGAAGAUAAGAAAGAUCCAGAGAAAUUGAAGAUGAAGCUUCAGAAGAUUGAAGAAAAGAUUCAAGCUAUGGUCCUAAAGAAAGAUGAGAUUGUGAAGCUUAUUCAUUUGGCUGAGCAAGCUAAGCCUAGUACUGCUGCAGUAGAUGCACCACCACCAACUAACUAAUUCGAAUACAAAUUAUAUACUACCUUAAGUUAAGUAAUAUAUAUGUCAAUAACAAAUGCUGAUGAAUGUUAUUUUCAGCGUAUCUUGGUAUAGGGUUUUUGUUUUGUUUUGUUUGAUAUCAAUCAGAGUUUGCUUGUAAAAUAAUCUGUUGUAAGUUGUACAAAAAUUAUCUGUUUUUAAUAUAAUACUUAUCAGCUU